AUGUCUGAAUACAUGGUAAGUGUGAUAGCGUGGUUGGCGCUUAGCUGCGUGACACAAGUCCGGGGCUCUGCUGACAUCAUGAAGGACGUCACGCUCGGCUUCGGAGAAGCGCUGCAGCAUUGCAGAGAAGAGAGUCAACUGACCGAGGAGAAGCUGGACGAAUUCUUCCACUUUUGGAGAGAUGACUUUAAGUUUGAGGAUCACGAGUUGGGAUGCGCUAUCAAGUGUAUGAGCAGACAUUUCAAUCUCAUGACAGAAAGCCAUCGAAUGCAUCAUGAGAACACUGAUAAAUUUAUCCAGUCAUUUCCAAACGGUGAGAUGCUGUCGAAGCAAAUGGUGCAAAUAAUCCACACAUGUGAACAGAAGUUUGAUUCAGUGGAGGACCAUUGCUGGCGGAUUUUGCGCAUCGCUGAAUGCUUCAAACUCGCUUGUAUUGCAGCUGACAUUGCGCCCACCAUGGAACUGCUAAUGGCUGAAUUUAUUAUGGAAGCUGAAAAUUAAUUUUGUAGAUCACUUUGAAAGAUUAAUAUUAUAUAAGUAUUGGAAAGUAUGGCGACACUAUAAAUGGACAAUAAUUCUAUGGAUUUUUAAGGAUAUUUUUUUCUUGUGUUCUACAAUUUGGAUAUUGUUAUUUAAAAAAGGGUUCAGUCAUAUGCUGCAUGACGCCUGUAUAUAACUAGCAGGCUGCUUUGUACCCAGUACAAACUAUAGACGUUGCCUUAAAGUGUACCUAAGGAGUUUUGUGUUUAUGCAAACAUAUUUAAAAUGAUGUUUUUGUUAAAAAUUUAGUUAUUACAAGACGAGUGAAUUUUACUAUUAAUACUAGUUUUGUAUCAAGGAUAAAACGAUCGUAAACUCUACUAUGAUAUAGAAAAAGUAUUAAUACUUUCAUGAUAAAUACUAAUACGUGUAGAAAAAGUAACGAAGAAAUUUUCACACA